ACCUCGCAGGGAUCCUCCAGCUUCUGCCACAAACUGUGGGCGUUUUUCCCUCUGAGCUUGACUUCAGAGGUUGUUUUUUUCCUCCCCAUUGGGUGUUGUCUUGCCUUUUCCGUUACUUUGCAGAGUCCGCUGAGACUUGUUAACUUUGAUAACAGCGAAUUCUAGUUGUUACUUUAGUUAAACGGCACAACGGUCACUUCAUUGUGUGGACGCGUUACUUCUCAAAGCCACACAGGACUUGUUGAUUUUCCACUGCCGUUAGCCGGCUAAGCUAAUUGAGCUCCAGCGGCUAGCAAGACAGCGCCUCGAUGCAGGCCAUAAAGUGUGUGGUAGUGGGUGAUGGGGCUGUGGGUAAAACAUGCCUGCUUAUCAGCUACACUACCAAUGCCUUCCCUGGAGAGUACAUCCCCACAGUCUUUGACAACUACUCUGCCAAUGUGAUGGUGGACGGGAAGCCUGUGAACCUCGGCCUAUGGGAUACAGCGGGACAGGAGGACUACGACCGACUCCGACCGCUCUCCUACCCACAGACAGACGUCUUCCUGAUUUGCUUCUCACUGGUCAGCCCUGCCUCUUUUGAAAAUGUUCGUGCUAAGUGGUACCCUGAGGUGAGACAUCACUGCCCCAACACCCCCAUCAUCCUGGUGGGCACCAAGCUGGACCUGAGAGACGACAAGGACACCAUCGAGAAGCUGAAGGAGAAGAAACUCUCGCCCAUCAUCUACCCUCAGGGCUUGGCCAUGGCAAAAGAAAUAAGCGCGGUGAAGUAUCUGGAGUGUUCAGCGUUGACGCAGCGUGGCCUUAAGACAGUGUUUGACGAAGCCAUCCGGGCAGUCCUGUGCCCCCCGCCCGUCAAGAAGAGGAGGAGGAAGUGCAGAAUUUUGUAAAGGCAAGACGAGCACAGCUGCAGUCCUAACUCGCACACUAAGAUGAAAGCGUUUGUUGGCUGUCAGCUUUCCUCGUGGAAGCAAAUCUUUGCUCAUGUCAGUGCAUUGAUUAGACCAGAGGAGCUCCUUGUAAAUUAAUUUUUAGGUUCAACUGGAGCACUCAGGCAAUUCUGGCUGAAUUUCGGGUUUAUGAAGUCAGGAUUUUUACAAACAGUGAUUUUUUGAAGAAAUUGCUGCUGCCUUCAUGUCAUCUUAACUCUAUGAGAAGAGAAUUGAGAAUUUUUAAUUGGGUUCUGGAUCCCUUGACAGACGGUUAAAAAGGCACAAAGUGGUAAAAACAACGUUUUUUUAAAAUAAUAAUUUCCUGUUUAUUUUCAGUCAUUCUCUGGAUAACAGUGUUUGAAGGACUUUUUGUUUACCAUCGAACGCUAAAAUGUUUUAUUUAGUUUUUACUUGCAGGCAUACAUACUGCUUACAAUGUUAUGAAAAACCGGCUUGGUGGAAAGCGUAGUUGAAGUUAAAAUAAGUGUGUACACAUAAGAGUUCAGUAUUUCAACACUAAUUUGCGGCGGUGCAGAAAAUAUGCUCUGCUUUUGUUUGGUUUUACUUUAUUGCUUUCUUGUGGUUAACAUUUCACUUUGAAUUAUUAGUCCUGUCAUGACAUUCAGAUUCCACAUAUUGCUGUGUUUCAUUCUGAGCCAGUGAGUGUCGUACAGUGUGACCGUCAGCUGUAACGGUUUUAUUUUUAAUUCAGCAAUGAUCAAAUCUGGGCUCAUUUUAACAGUUUUCAGUUCUGCUCACUUGUGCACACAUGCUUUAAUACGGUAUGAUUUGACAUGUUUUAUAAGUAAAUAAAGACAUCAAAAAUGCAAUCACAUUAUGAUUGUUUGAGUAAUUUGUUAGCCAUGCAAUGAAUGAUCUUUAAACAGGGAUGAUUUCAAACUACCGGUACUUGACUUUCUUUCCAUUGGUCAAACACUAACUUGGCACUCACUGCAUCUUGAAGACCCAUUCCUAGGGGGGAGAAACAAACAUUAUGGAAAAACUUUUCACUUAAUUGGACACAUUUGAAAUGCGUACCCAGAGAUUUAAACACAGUCGUCUUUUCUCUGAGCGCAGGUUUUCUUCCAUUGAUUAUUUCCCCAAGCUCUGCAAACACCUCAGCCUGAUGAAUAACAACAAAAAUAUGAGGUCACUUUUUCCCGGUAUGAAUACACUUAAGUGGGGCAGUGUUUUUCAACCACUAAUUUGCUGUGGGAAAUUAUGUAAUUUCACCUAAUUAGACAAAAAACAUUUUUUGCAGACUAAUGAAUAUAAUGUGCCGUUGUUGAGUGUCUUUGCUGUCUAGUUAUUGGAAGAGUAACCAUCCAAUACUUUGCCAUAUCAGUUGGUGGCAGCAGGCAGCUUGUUGCUUUGUAGGCCUACUUUGAGAUAAGAUAAUUAGUAAUGCCUGGAUGGUUAUGGUUUGAAUUCAUAUCAAACAUUUGUGUCAGGUAUAUGAGGAGAACGACUUUAUAUUUUCAAUACAGCCUUCUGAGUUAAAAAACAUUUUUAAAUUCUGCUGGUAGUGUGCCUCUGGAUUUUUUUCACUGAAGAAAAUGUGCCAUACACUACCGGUGUAGUAAAUUUUGCAGUGAUGUCGAUAAUAUUUUAUGAAAGUUAAAAUAUGCAAACGGAGGGGCAAAACAAAACUGUUUUUUUAUCAGGAAGUGCUUCUUUUGGCUCACCCGUCACCGUUCAUACUAAAUGAAGUCGGAGGAGUGGUGAACCGUGUUUGAUAUUAAUUUUCAUCUCAAUUCAAAAGUAACAAAAGAAAACGGAAACAUUCCGAAAUGGGGGAUCGUAUUGAUCUUAUUGCGCAAAAUAAGGUUAACUUCUUUUGCUUGUUUACCAUUCCGCUCAUUGAUCAGAGCUGCAUUUUUCAUAUCCUUUGCUGCUGCGAUAUAUGUUUGAAAAUAACAAAAACAAUUACAUUUGCUUAUUAUUAAUGUUAUUUGCAGGUCGAAUGUUGUGACUAUUUUAUUGUAACAUUAUGAAACACUAGGACAUUGUCAUUGCAGCUAGUGAUUUUUGCCAUACGAGGCGUCAUUUACCCAUCAAUAACAAACACAAUAAAACCUAUCAAAAUGAGCAAUAUGAUAGUGUCAUACAUUGGUCCUUUUAUGUACAUUAACGCUUUAAUUUGCACGUUGGUGACUGACCCCAGAAAGGAGGAUGUCACCAGACUCUGUCACGGCUCCCUCCCUGCUGUCAGCAUAGACCACCGCCUCCGCCAUCAGCACGUCAUCCAGCUCCCUCCAGUUUGGUUGGCAAGCUCCCACCGCUGAUUGGCGACAAGAAAAUCUUAAUUCCCUACAUGAACUCUGUGAGUAAUUAAAAGUUCCUCACCUGCCACAUGGGCUCCUUGUUUGACCCAGCGUCCAAAGAGCACCGGCUCUGAACUUGUGGUUACCGUCACAAUGACGUCAGCUCCCCUCACUGCCGUCUCUGCUGAGUCGCAAACGCUCACGGGUCCGGUGACUGAAUUUCGAAACUUCUCCAUCCCUUCUUUCCUGUGGCCCCACACUCGCACCUGUUUG